AUGGAUAGCCAAAAAAAGCAUUUGCGAUAUGUUAUGCUUCAUUGCUUUAAAAAAGGUAGUAAUGCAAAGGACACUGCAGACGAGAUUUGCACCGUUUGUAGGAGUGGUACUAUGACUAUUAGAACCGUCUGCAAUUGGUUUAAGAAAUUUAGAGCUGGCAAUUUUGAUUUGAAAGAUGAAGAUCGCAGCAGCCACCCAGCAACGACGGAUAUGGACCUCAUCAAGAGUAUGCUCGCUGAAAAUCCGCGAUAUAGUGUACGCGAGAUAAUGGAUGCUACUAACAUUCCCAAGACAACGGUACAUAAUCAUUUAAUCAAAAUGGGAUAUGUGAAUCGGUAUAAAGUUUGGGUUCCACGCCAAUUGACGGAGAUCGAUCUUAUGAAUCGCGUCUCUACGUGCGAUUUGUUUCUUCAGCAACAUGGAAAAAAAAUCCUUUUUUAA